ACCCGGUCAUUCACAAACAGAAGAAAAUCAUUUUUUAUUUUUUCUCUUCAAUUUCAAUCAAUAUAACAAAUGGAUCAAUCCCUUCCACUUUUCUUCUCUCUCGAACACAGAAUCUCUCCUUAACAUCUUCUGAUUCCACUGGUUUCUUUUUUCUUUUUCUUUUCCUUUUUCUCUCUGCAAAAGGAAAAUUUAUUAACAAAGGAAAAGAAAAAAGAAACGAGAUGAGAUUUUUCUUCGAAUUUGUUUCAUGUUGUGGCUUGCCCACGCAGCGCACGCCGGAGCCAGCCGUAUUACGGCUCGAGGAGGAGAGGUCGUUUGUUCCGGCGGCGGCGCCCGCCGUGUCUGUUCGCCGCCCUCACCGCAAGAGACAGAGGAUGGGUUCGGCGGAGUGGAGGCCGUCUCUGGGACCGAUCUCGGAGGACGGCGCCAGCCUGGCGGAGGAGAGUCCCCGGAAAAACACGGCGGCGUCCCCCGCGAGCAACGCAAAGAAGAGGAGCACCGUCAAGGUUCACUACCGUAGUUACAGUGACGGGUCAUCCAUGCCGACGAUGAUACCAGCCUUUUCUCCGACGCCAUUUAUGUUCUAAACUCUAGGGUUGAAUUUCUAGAUGCAAAUAUAUGUAUAUAUUUACGAACUACAUGAAUCCAGCUAAUAAAAUCAAAGCGUCGUGAAGAUUUCAAUUUGAACUGUGAAUGAAUGUAGGCUUUUUAUUGUUCCAUUGUUUAAGGACAUUAAUAUAUUCUUCCUGGCCUUAUUCUUUUUC